GUUGGAGCAUCAUCCACAGUGAGAGAGGAGAAAGGUCCGUGUGUAGUAGCAUCGUCCACAGUGAAAGAGGAGCGAGGUGUGUGUGUGUGUAGCAUCAGAGGGACAGGAGCCUGUGCCGUACCCCAGAGGACCAUGACCCGCAAGUGUGCCCUCAAGCAUGGCAUCUUCAAGGAGUUCCUGGCCGAGCUGCUGGGCACGUUCGUGCUGGUGUUGUUUGGCUGUGGUUCCGUGGCCCAGACGGUUCUAAGCAGGAACACGCUAGGGGAGAGCCUCACCAUCCACAUCGGCUUCACCACUGGCCUCAUCAUGGGGGUGUACGUGUCUGGAGGAGUAUCAGGAGGCCAUUUAAACCCAGCGGUGUCCUUGGCGAUGGUUCUACUGGGGAAGCUGAAGUUCUAUAAGUUCCCCAUCUACGUUCUGGCCCAGUUCAUCGGAGCCUUCGCUGGCGCCGCCGCUGUCUUUGGUCUCUACUACGACGCCUUCAUGGACUUCACGAGUGGGAUCCUGUCGGUGACGGGCAUCAACGCCACGGCUCACAUCUUCGCCUCCUAUCCAGGAAGACACCUGUCCAUCCUCAACGGCAUCAUCGAUCAGGUGGUGGGGACGGGUAUGCUGGUGUUGUGCAUCUUGGCGAUCACAGAUGGGAAGAACAUCGGGGCACCCCAUGGUGUGGAGCCGCUGGCCGUGGGCUUGGCCCUGCUGGCCAUCAGUGUGUCCAUGGGCAUGAACUGUGGCUACCCCAUCAACCCCGCCCGCGACCUGGGACCACGCCUCUUCACCUUUGUGGCCGGAUGGGGCUUGGAGGUGUUCAGCACUGCAGAUUACUGGUGGUGGAUCCCUGUGGCGGGGCCAAUGGGAGGGGGUGUGGUUGGUGCCAUCAUCUACUUCCUGUUUAUCAAGAUGCACCACUCCCAUACCGAGAAACCUCAUGAGGAGCCGGAGGAAGAGGAAGAGGAGGAAGAGGAUGAUAACAGCCUGAAGGACAAGGACCAGCUCUUCUCUCAGACUGUCAAUGAGAGGCCAUUUGAAUCAGACUUUGAUGGAGUUUUCAGUAAAAAUUAUGACCUUUAUGAUAACUUGGCGGACAAAUGUUAGCCGGCUCGUUGAGGUACUUCUCCAGCAUCACUGAUGUGCAGCCAUUCGAUAAGAUGACCGGAAUAUAGCACAGUGCUGAGUGCUCGAUGCUAACGCUAACAUCAGUGGGUUUGGUGUCGGCACAUCGGCUCCAGUUACUCAGCUGAAAUUUGUAUUCUUUCCAAAGAACACCAUGUAACACAAGUCAUGUGUAUUUCCAAUGGCCCCAUUGAAGCCAGUUUGUUCACUCAGCAAAAUGGCAUGUCACUGAAUCUCGUGUGUGAGCUCAUAGAGGGGGACAGCAUGGCGCUUGGGUCACCUGCCCGCUGUGUGUGUAUUUGGCUUUGAUGGUAUUUCUCAUGGUGAUUGUGUGACACCAUGACCAGUAGACACACACACACACACACACACACACACAGGGCAUCUCGGUCACGACCCCUUCCUCCACUCUUUUACAUGCAAAUCUAACUAGAAUCUUGUGUGUUUUUUCUGUCUGUUGACUGUUACGUUUUGACUGUUUCAUAUUCAUGUUAUGUUGUAUCUAUGCCUCUUAUUUUAUUUAGUUGUUCGUCAUUGCAUUUAUAUUUUCAGCCACCAAUUCCAAAAGAACAUCUGAAGUGGUAAAAUGCUUUUCGAAAGACACUUGGCUUUGUCAGUGAUUUCAACUUAAAAACGAAUGUUGUAUAUUUUUCAGGAAUAAACUUUAUUAAAUAGAA